AUGGGCCUCGAGAAUGUCAAGCACGUCGUUCUUGUUCUCUCCGGCAAGGGCGGCGUCGGAAAAUCGAGCGUCACGCUUCAACUUGCCCUCUCGCUCACGCAGCAAGGACACAAUGUCGGAAUCCUCGACAUCGACCUCACCGGACCCAGCAUCCCCCGCCUCCUAAAUUUAGAGGAUAAAAAAGUUACGCAAGCCCCUGGAGGAUGGUUACCGGUGAGGGUGCACGAUACAAGAGAUGAAGAAGACAAUACUUCGAAUGGCCAUCUGGAACUUACGUCCACCGCAUCAUCGAAACGAGGCUCCCUACACGCUCUGUCUCUUGCGUUCCUUCUUCCUUCACGCUCCUCGGCCGUGAUCUGGCGUGGGCCUAAAAAGACUGCCAUGAUUAGACAGUUUGUCUCUGACGUUUUGUGGCCACCGAAUACAGACUAUUUGCUCGUUGACACGCCUCCGGGCACCAGCGAUGAACAUAUCGCAAUCGUGGAGGAAUUGCAUAAACUCGCUGCGAACGCAGGAUCCGUUGCGCUUGACGGUGAUACAAAGCCCAAGCUAUCAGGUGCGGUUGUGGUCACCACUCCGCAAGCCAUUUCUACUGCCGACGUCCGCAAAGAGUUGAACUUCUGUGUGAAAACACAAAUCCGUGUUCUAGGGGUCAUUGAAAACAUGGCUGGGUAUAUGUGUCCAUGUUGUGGUGAAAUCAGUAAUGUCUUCAGCAAGGGAGGCGGUGAGCUUAUGGCGCGAGAGGCCAACGUUCCUUUCCUGGGCUCUGUUCCUAUUGAUACGAGCUUCGGCGCCCUGGUGGAGGGUGUGAAUGUUGAGAAUGGCACUGGCAACGGAGCUGAGCAAUCGAACGGAGAAAUCACUGAGAAGUCUCACGAACUUGUCGAGCGAUAUCGUCAGUGUGGCUUGUGCCUUAUCUUUGCGAAGUUUGCGGCAACCAUCGACCAGGAAGUUCGAAACGGAGACAACUCAUGA